ACUCGUCGAUUGUGCGCCACUUGUGGUAGCGCGCAUGCGCAGAGGCCCGUUACGUUCAUCCUCUUAAAAGCGCGCACGCCCCGCGCGCGUUCACGUCGUCUGUUGAUGAAGAGGAAGACGACAGCUCCACGAAUAACAUGUUGAGAUGAUGAAGAUGAUGCGUUAACUUGGAAGCUCACAGUCUUCAUCGCUUAUCCUUGUCCCCUUACGUUGUACGUGACGUAAUCAGGUGACAUUUAAUGCUUCCAUGAAGACGGUGGCUGCGUGAACUUUGUGACGUCAUGUGGACGCUGACGGAGGAUGAGAAGCUUGGCGUGGCCAUCUUCAACUUCCGGAGUUGCGUCCCUCACACGUUGACGUUGGAGCUCGGCGAGAGCGUUCGCAUCCUGGAGAAAUGCCAAGGAUGGUUCCGAGGAUACUCGUGCAGGAGGUCAAAUGUCAAAGGAAUUUUCCCGUGCAGUUACAUACACGUGAAGAAAUGUGCCGUCACCAAUAAAGGAUCCCGGGAGGCCGCGGUGGCCGUUGAAGACGCAGUCGUUACCGAGGUGACGUCCACGCUUCGGGAAUGGGCGUCGCUGUGGAAGCAACUCUACGUGAGACACAAGGUGGAUUUGUUCUUCCGAGUGGCUCACGUCAUGUCCGAGCUGAUGGAACUGAGGAGGCAGCUGACGACGACGACGACGCAGCUGACAGAGCAACACGAACGAGACAUCAAAAGACACAUGACCGCCAGACUGGACUGGGGAAACGAACAUUUGGGUUUGGACUUGGUGCCAAGAAAAGAGUUUGAGAUGGUGGAUGAAGAUAGGGUCAGCGUUUCGGAUCUUUACAAGAUGCAUCUCAGCAGUAGAAACAACGUUCAACACAACUCACAGCACAACUCAAACCCUCAACAGAGGCCCGUUGGCGGCCUCCAGUGGAGAGCUCCGGUAGCGCACCACUUACUCCUCAAUCUGAAGAGCUUCACCUCAAACAACAUCGGAGAAGACAGCGACAUCUUCUUUUGGCUCUACGACUUGAGGGAGGGAAAAAGCAUCAGUGAAAAGUUCCUGGUGAGACUCAACAAAAACGGAGGGCCCAAAAAAUCCGAGAAGGCGGACAAGCUGCGCACUCUUUUCACGGACUUGAGCAACAAAGAUAUGAAGAGAGAUCUCUACAUUGUCUCACAAGUGAUUCGCACAGGGAGAAUGUCGCUGAACGACCACAAAAAAGGUCCCCCACACGUCCGAUACCGCCGGCCUUACGGCUGCGCUGUUCUCGCCAUGAGCGACGUCCUGCAAACCAUCUCCGAGCUGAAAGACGAGAAAGACUUUGUACUCAAAGUGUACAUGUGCAACAACGAGAGUGAAUGGUACCAAAUCCACGAGAAUAUCAUCCGCAAGUCCAGUACCAAAUACUCAGCGCCCGGAAACAACUACGGGCUUAUCAUCUCAUUGCGGCUGCUGCGCGGCGACGUGGAGGAGCUCCAGCGUGAAAACAAAUGGAUGUCAAGCGGGAGCGUGACCCUGACGCGCAAGCUCGGCUUCCCGGAUGUCAUCAUGCCGGGUGACAUGCGUAAUGACUUGUACCUGACGCUGGAGCGAGGAGACUUUGAGAGAGGAGGAAAAAGCGUCCAGAAGAACAUUGAAGUCGGUGUUUCCCUUCUCUGCGCCGAUGGAGAAGUCGUACAGGACUGCAUCAGCGCGGGUUGCGGCGAGCCCAACGUGACGGAGCAUCGCUCCUUGGUGCUUUACCACAACAACAGCCCUCGAUGGAGCGAGGCCAUCAAACUUCCCGUCCCCGUCGACCGAUUCCGAGGCUGUCACCUCCGCUUCGAAUUUCGACAUUGUUCCACCAAGGACAAAGGAGACAAGAAACUCUUUGGGUUUUCCUUCACGCCGUUGAUGAGGGACGACGGGACCACGCUGUCUGAUCAGAGCCAUGAACUCUUCGUUUACAAGUGUGACGAGAACAGCACCUUGUGUAACCCCGGCCUCUAUCUGAGCCUGCCCUGCUGCAAAGACCACUUGAGUCCAGGACUUCCCAGCAUGGCCUUUCAACGCAGCACCAGGGAAACUUUCUGGAUCUCCACCCAGCUCUCUUCCACCAAGCUCACCCAGAACGUGGAUCUGCUGGCUCUGCUCAAGUGGAAAGCUCAUCCCGACCGAGUGGGCGACAUCCUCGGUCGUUUGCGACACGUCAGCGGAGAAGAAAUCGUCAAGUUCCUUCAAGACAUUCUGGACACGCUGUUUUCCAUUCUGGAUGACAACACCGACAAAUAUGGUCCUCUGGUCUUUCAGUCUCUGGUUUUCGUCAUCAAUUUGCUGAGGGACAGCAAAUAUUUCCAUUUCCGAGCAGUCAUGGACACUUACAUUCACAAGCACUUUGCCGGCGCUUUGGCCUACAAGGAGCUGAUCCGAUGUCUCAGGUGGUCCAUGGAGCGUUCGGCGGAGUCGGCGCGCCAGGAUCACAUCCAGGACGUCAUGCGGGCGCUGGAGUACCUGUUCAAGUUCAUCGUUCAGUCUCGGAGUCUUUACUCUCGCGCCACCUGCGGGAUGGAGGAGGAGCAGUUUCGCAACAGCGUCCAGGAGCUCUUUCGGUCCAUCCGCUUUGUUCUCAGUCUGGACCGUCCCACCUGCGAGACCCUCAUCUUCACUCAGCCCACUCAAGGCCCUUGUCAGUCCGGGCCCCCGGCCCAGGCCCACCUUCCCGCCCCAGGUCCGGUCGCUUACAGUGCUCAGGUGUUGAGCCCCGGCAGCCUGUGGACGCCGCCGCUGUCAGUGGCCGUGUUGAGCUCCUUGCCGGCCAUCUUCGAUGAGCUGCUGCAGAUGUUUUCGGUGCAAGAAGUGGCAGAAUUCGUGCGCGGCACUUUGGCCAGUUUGCCGUCCAUGCUUCACAUUCCGGGACAUUCCGUGGACGCCGUCAAGUUGCAGUGCAUCGCUCGCACUGUGGACAGCAGGCUCUUUUCUUUCCCAGAGUCUCGACGGAUCCUACUGCCCGUGCUUCUUCAUCACAUUCAUCUCCAUCUCAGGCAUCAGAAAGAACUACUAAUGUGUUCUGGGAUCCUCACUUCUCUUUUCUCAAUCAUCAAGACCAGCUCGUUGGAUGCGUCGGUGCACGAGGAGGUGGAAAUGAUGGUGGAGUCUCUGUUGGACGUCCUGCUGCAGACCUUGCUGUCAAUCAUGAGCAACAGCCAAUCACAGGAGGCGGUAAGAGGUCAUCGCUGUCCACAGUGCACCGCCGAGACCUCUGGAGAGUUUGUGUCCUGCCUUCUGUCCCUCCUCCGCCACAUGACUGACAUCCACUUCCAACACCUGAUGGAGAACUUCCAGAGCAAAGACGUACUCAAGGACUUCAUGAUGAAGAUUUGGUGCGUGUUCCGAAACCUGAUGAAGCUGAGCAUUUUCCCGCGCGACUGGAAUGUGAUGAGGCUCCUGACCAGCCACAUCAUCCUGAGCGCGGCGCGGCGCCUCGCGCCCUUUCAGCUCAAGAACUUUGUCGGAACCGACUUUGACUUCAAGGUGUGGAGCUCCUACUUCAGUCUGGCCGUUUUAUACAUCAACCAGCCCAGUUUGCAGCUGGAAAACAUGAGUGCUUCCAAAAGGAAGAAGAUCUUUGACAAGUACGGAGACAUGAGGGUGACCAUGACGUACGAACUCUUCAGCAUGUGGCAGAACCUGGGCGAAAACAAAAAACAUUUCAUCCCCGGGAUGAUCGGCCCGUUCUUGGGCGUGACGUUGGUGCCUCAGGCGGAGGUCCGAAACAUCAUGAUCCCGAUUUUCCACGACAUGAUGGACUGGGAGCAGCGCAAGAACGGAAACUUCAAACAGGUGGAGGCUGAGCUCAUCGACAAGCUGGACAGUUUGGUCUCGGAAGGAAAAGGCGACGACAACUACCGGGAACUCUUCAGUUUGCUGACUCAGCUCUUUGGGCCCUACCCCAGUCUGUUGGAGAAGAUUGAGCAGGAAACGUGGAGAGAGACAGGAAUCUCUUUCGUUACGUCGGUCACUCGACUGAUGGAACGUCUACUGGACUACAGGGAUUGCAUGAGAGGAGAUGAAACGGAGAACAAGAAGAUGGGCUGCACCGUCAACCUCCUGAACUUCUACAAAUCGGAGCUCAACAAAGAGGAGAUGUACAUCCGCUACAUCCACAAACUGUGCGACAUGCAUCUGCAGGCGGACAACUACACCGAGGCGGCGUUCACGCUCUUGUUGUACUGGGAGUUGCUGCAGUGGGAUGAGCGGCCGACGAAAGAACUUUUGCAUUAUCCCGCUCAGUCCGAGUGGCAGCGCAAGGAGGCGCUCGGCCGCAAGCUGGUGCACUACUUUGGCAAAGGGAAGUGUUGGGAGUUUGGGGUUCCUCUGUGCAGGGAGCUGGCCUUCCAGUAUGAAUCCUUGUACGACUAUCAGAGCCUCAGCUGGGUUAAGAAAUUGGAGGCCGCCUAUUUUGACUACAUCAUGGAACAACAACGUCUGGAGCCCAAAUUCUUCCGGGUGGGAUUCUACGGCAGGAAAUUCCCCUUCUUCCUCAGGAAUAAGGAGUUUGUGUGUCGCGGUCAUGACUACGAAAGACUUGAGGCCUUUCAGCAACGGAUGCUGGGAGAGUUCCCGCAAGCCAUCGCCAUGCAGCACCCGAACCAACCCGACGAAGCCAUUCUGCAGUCUGACGCCCAGUACCUCCAGAUUUACGCCGUAACGCCGGUUCCCGAAGCCGUCGGCGUCCUUCAGAUGGACCGAGUCCCCGACCGCAUCAAAAGUUUUUACCGGGUCAACAACGUUCGGCAUUUCCGUCACGACCGACCUUUCCAUAAAGGGCCCAAAGAUCGAGAGAAUGAGUUCAAGAGUCUUUGGAUCGAGAGGACCACUCUGAUCCUUGCCCAUCCUUUGCCUGGAAUUUCACGCUGGUUUGAGGUGGAGAAGAGAGAGCUGGUGGAGGUGAGUCCGCUGGAAAACGCCGUCAGCGUGGUGGAGAACAAGAACCAGGAGCUGCGCACGCUGAUCAGCCGCUAUCAGCUCAAGCAGCCGCACAGCAACAACGUCAACCUUCUCAGCAUGACGCUCAACGGGGUGGUGGACGCCGCCGUCAACGGCGGCAUCGCCAGAUACCAGGAGGCUUUCUUUGACAAGGAUUACAUCAGCGGCCACCCGCAGGACGGCGACAAGAUCACGCAGCUGAAACAUUUGAUGCAGGAGCAGGUUCACGUCCUGGGAGCCGGCCUGGCCGUGCACGACAAGCUGGUGCAUCCGGAAAUGCGGCCGCUCCACAAGAAGCUGGUGGAUCAGUUCCAGGUGAUGAAGAGCAGCCUCUGCCAUGCUCCGUGCGCUUCCGACCAAGCGGACUCCGCCAGAGGGAUUACAGGACCCGACGGCUUCGACGUGCACCGGCACAGCGAGGCGGGAAACGUCGGCAACGUGCUCAUCCUGGCCGACGGUGAAGACUUCUACGGCAUUCAGGCGAACCACUCCUCCUCCAGCCUGAGCUCCACCCGCUCGGCACCUUCUCACUUCAUCAGCUUGGCUCUGUCAACGCACAAAGAAAAGAGCAGGAAUAGAGAAACUCUGAUGCUGUUGCCACUGCAGCGAGAGCGCCCCAACAGCGUCAUGUACCAAAACUUUGGUGAAGAUGGGCAGAGACUGUUUCUCCACCCGCUGAUCAGUCCAGCUUGUAAACCCUGCAGCGACCCCAACCUGUCCUUCUCCGACAAAGUUGUGGCCGUGCCCAGCAGUUGGAGUUUGGACAGCGCGACCAGAGAAGCCGUCCCUGUUCUGUCCGCUCACGUCGGCGGCGGUGGCGGCGUGGCACCUCCCGUUCCUCCGCGCAAUGCGCCGGCGCACGGCCGACACCCGUCGAUGCACUUUGCCGCUUUCCACCACCAACUCGGUGACCUCCCUCCUGCCCUCCCUAUACGCUCCCUAAAGUCUCGCCUGCAGUGUUCCCUUGCCUUGCCCACCAGUCCAGCGUCCAUCCCGGAUGGCACUAACUCCACCCUAUCAGACAGCACCAGCAGCAAUAGCAGCAGCUCGGGGGUCUUCACCCUAAGCCAAAGUAACUCAAGUGACAUCCACGAGUCAGCAGCCAGCCAGGCUGAGCAGGGAGACCCGUGGGGGGCCCCUCUCUCGCCUCCCCGGCUCAUGGUCUCCAACGUCUCAGACCUGCUUUGUAUGAGCCCCUCCGCGCCCCAGUCUCAAGAAGGACCGCCACCACGCUGCCAACAUCUCCACUACAUCCCCACGCACUCGCCUCUCGACUGGGCCCCCGAACCUCCUCCUGCUGCUCGACCGUGCAACCCUUACUCCAGGGAAGGGGGUGUCCCUAAGGACAGCGGGCCUGCACCCGGGCUGGUGCUCGGCAAUAAGUCACAGCCGUCGUUUUCUGGCCCCCAGCAGGCCCGAGUGGGGUGGGCAUGUGGCCUCACUCAGGAGUGAGCUAACCUGCGCAUAACCAAACUAGCGUAGCAUCCACUGGUGGCUGGCCAAUACUCACCACUCACCACAUGACCUUGAAUAAAGGUCCACACUUUGAUAGAAUUUGUUUUUCACUGAGUCGGAAAAAUAUCUAGUUAAUAAUAUGAACUAAAUGUUUCGGUCAUAGGCGCAAACGGUACUUGGGGAGGAGGGUGCGGGGGGAUCCCGUAGUGCCGCCCCGCUAAUUAUUUUGACCACGAUCUUACUGGCCAGCCCACCUUCACGUUUACAUCACCUCCCAUCUCAUCCAAUCACUUACAACCCUGUCACCAUUUCCUUGAAUUUGAAUCUGAAAAAGAUUAAAACGAUUUUCACAAGGGUU